GAUCUGUAAAUCGCCGGAGAGCUGCAUUUGCGUGUUGUUCGACGUUCAGUAGCGAAUAUUAUUAUUGUAGAGAUAGCCAAAGAGGUUUUGAUCAAUGAUGGAGAAGAAGAAGAAGUUUCCAGUUGGAGCUGAGCAUUAUACUCUCUAUGAGGAGGUAGGGCAGGGCGUGAGCGCUUCGGUUCAUCGGGCUCUCUGUAUUCCUUUCCAUGAGAUCGUGGCUAUCAAAAUUCUUGAUUUUGAACGCGACCACUGUGAUCUGAAUCAUAUAUUUCGUGAAGUGCAAUUAAUGACUCUGGUUGACCACCCUAAUGUCCUUAAAUCACAUUGCUCUUUUGUUAGUGAUCAUAAUUUGUGGGUUGUCAUGCCAUAUAUGGAUGGGGGUUCUUGUCUUCACAUAUUGAAAGCUGCAUAUCCAGAUGGUUUUGAGGAGGUUGUUAUUGCAACUAUAUUACGUGAGGUUUUGAAGGGUUUGGAGUAUCUCCAUCAGCAUGGGCACAUUCAUCGGGACGUCAAAGCCGGAAAUAUUCUCAUUGAUGCACGUAGUGGAAUCAAGUUAGGAGAUUUUGGUGUUUCUGCCUGCUUGUUUGAUUCAGGUGACAGGCAACGCAGGAGAAAUACAUUUGUGGGGACGCCUUGCUGGAUGGCGCCCGAGGUUAUGGAGCAAUUGCACGGGCCGAUAUCUGGUCUUUUGGUAUUAGAGCUUGCUCAUGGCCACGCUCCUUUCUCGAAGUACCCUCCAAUGAAGGUUUUGCUUAUGACCUUGCAAAAUGCACCCCCUGGUCUUUAUUAUGAGAAAGACAAGAAGUUUUCCAAGAGUUUUAAGCAGAUGAUUGCUACUUGUUUGGUGAAAUAUUCUUCCAAACGCCCUUCAGCGAAGAAGUUGUUGAAGCAUUCUUUUUUCAAACAAGCUAAAUCAAAUGAUUAUAUCACACAAAAACUUUUGGAUGGACUGCCAGUGCUUGGUGAUCGUAUUCAGGCAUUGAAGAGAAAGGAAGAAGAUUUGCUGGCACAAAAGAAAAUACCCGAUGUGCAAAAGGAGGAAAUGUCACAGAAUGAAUAUAAGAGAGGGAUUAGUUGUUGGACUUUCGACCUUGAAGAUGUGAAGGCUCAGGCUUCAUUGAUCCCGGAUGAGUGCUCUAUAUCAGACAAAGAUCAAAUAGGGAGCUUAAACUCUUUUUGUGGAUUUGAUAUGCAUGAAAAGAAACUACAUUACCAGUUGUCUUAUAAAAAUCUUAUACAGAACCAAUCUGCUCCUCUUCCAUCAGCUGACUCUACACCGACUUAUACCAUAGCUAAAUUUGAGAAAUUCAACGAUGAGGUGAGCAUAACUAGUUCAACGUAUGAGCAUUUAAUUUCCCAAAACUCUUCUCCACAUAAUGAGAAUCACAUUGGAGUUAAUAUGGCUGGAAAACCUGAGUUGGAUAUCAGUGGAAGAAAUUUUGAUGGCAUGGCUACCCAUUCUAGUCAGAGGAAGGGAGGUUCAUCAGACAGCAUCCAUUUACCAGAUCUUAUUUUUCCACCUUGUGAAGCAGGAAGUGAUAAGGUGCAAAGUAAGUUCCAAAACAUGUCACUUUGCAAUGGAAUUAUUCCCCCAACAAUGGACGAUGGGCCAUCUGACAUUAUUUCUAGAGCUUCUAAACCUUCAGCAAACAUUGAUGAGCCAGAUGAGAAAGCAAAGUGUUCAGUUGUUCAGCAAAAAGGACGUUUCAAAGUAACCUCCGAGAAUGUUGAUCUAGAAAAGGUGGUCCCAUCUCCUAUAUUGCAAAAGAGUCGCAGUAUGCAGGUGAUUACCCAACGUCCUCCUCUUUCUCUACCAUCACCAUCACCUUCUGAUGCUACACCACCAAAUCCUUGUGGUCAUUCUGUCUUUCCGACAUUGCAAUCAGCUUUGCAGACAAAUAUUCUUCAAAAGGAGAGUCUCCUAAGUCUAAUGAAGCAAGUUUCUGUUGGUGACUCUACAGGCACUCGUGCAUUCGAUGGGGAAUGUCUGCCGACGAAUGUGGCUAUGAUGGAGAAAUCGUUGCAUUUUGCGGCUGGAUGGCCAUAUCUAAUUGGAGAGAAGGAAUUACUUCAUGUGAUAACUGAUUUACAGUGGAGGCUCAUCUGUGCUCAAGAAGAGCUCCAAAAAUAUAAAACAGAAAAUGCCCGGGGAAAAGCUGAACGCAGUUGUCGACCUCAACUAACUGAUAAAAGGGGAAAAGGAGAAAUAGAGUAG